UCAUUUUUCCAACCCAGCACUCAAACCUAGCAGGAUGGUUUUAUUUAUUACUACAUUUCUUUUCAUGGUAACUUUCUCCAGAUCAGACACAGACGUGUCCUGUGUUUUCAUGGAGAGCUGCAUGCUACCAUGUAGCCUCAAAGCUGGAGAUGAAAUCGUCGUCCACUGGUUUUAUUUACAGGGAGACCUUCAUGUUCACUCAUUCUACCAGAACCAAGACCAGCUAGGUCAUCAGGACCAGAACUUCAGAGGCAGGACGGCACUGUUCAACGAUCAGAUCUCCAGAGGUAACGUCUCACUUCUGCUGACAGAGGUGAAGGUUCAAGACCAGGGAAAAUAUAACUGCUUCAGCAGCACCAUCAGAGGAACCAUAAAUUCAUUCAUUAACCUCCAGAUAGACGCUCCAGUCUCUAAAGUCAGCAUCUCUCAGGAAGAAAACAGGAUCAUCUGCAGCUCAGAGAGGAUCUACCCUCAACCUGAACUCAGCUGGUCCACCAUCCCUCCAUCCAACACCACCCUGCAGAACAGAACCACAGUCCAGCAGACUGAAGAGAAGCUUUACAACAUCAGCAGCUCUCUGAUGGUUUCAGAUGAUGAUCCUGGUCUGACCUACAGCUGCACCAUCAGAACUCAGAGGAACAACAUGACAGCCACUAUUAGUAAACCAGCAAUGGCCAGGAUCAUGAUCCUUAACAUCUUGCUCUUUAUAACUUUUCUUCUGUCUGUUUCUGAAGCAGAUCCUGAGGUCUCCUGUGUUUUUAGUGAGAGCUGCAUGUUACCCUGUCAGUUCCAGUUUAGAGAUCAUCUGCUCAUCCACUGGAUCCAAGUGUCAGCUGGAGACUCUGUGGUCCACUCCUACUAUGAGGGCAGAGAUCAGCUGGGACACCAGAACCAGAACUUUAAGAACCGGACAUCGCUGUUUCAGGAUCAGAUCUCCAGAGGAAACGCCUCCCUGCUGCUGAGAAGAGUGAAGGUUCAGGAUGAGGGAAAAUACAAAUGUUACACCAGCACCAUCAGUGGAUAUGAAGAAUCAUUUGUUAGCCUUAAAACAGAACCUCCAGUCUCUAAAGUCAGCAUCUCUCAGGUGGAAAACAGAAUCAUCUGCAGCUCAGAGAGGAUCUACUUUCAACCUGAACUCAGCUGGUCCACCAUCCCUCCAUCCAACACCACCCUAAAUAUCACAACCACAGUCCAGCAGACUGUAGAGAAGCUUUACAACAUCAGCAGCUCUCUGAUGGUUUCAGAUGAUGAUCCUGGUCUGACCUACAGCUGCACCAUCAGAACUCAGAGGAACAACAUGACAGCCACUAUUAGUAAACCAGAACCUUUACAUCCUGCUGAAGCUUCAUCUUCGAAGGUGAAUGGAGGUCUGAUUGCAGCAGGUGUGAUAGUGGCAGCAGGAAUCAUAGGAUUUUUGAAGAAGAAAAACGUCAUGCAUAACUUUUGUAGUGGAUCAGGCCCAGCAUCCACUGAAAAUGGUGCUGGAGCAGCAUAGGAAUCAGAAGGAAUACAUUUAAACAUUGUGUCCGAAACACAGAAUGAAGGACGUCAUGAAGAAGAACAGAAGGAAGACAAAGGGGAUGACAUGGAGCACAAGGAGGAACCGUGAAGAAACCAGGAACAUGAAGGAGAACCUGAUGACUGAAGCAACCAGAGGACACAUGUACAGAGAGAAGGACUCCUGGAAAACACAGACCUGCUGCAGCUUUAAAGGGAGCAGGAGACUAAAGGCAGCUGAUGGAGGGAGACUGACUGAACACAAGGAAACGUGUCAACAAAACACAGGAGACAGAAAAAACUCAGCUGAACAUAAAACACAAGAAAGACUCAAAAUAUGAAACCCAAAGAAUUCACUGAGCUACAAAACUAACACUAAACUACAAUCCUCCAUAUCAUGACAGAUAUCUCAACUCAAGAGUCCAGUUUAUGAAGAGUUGAAUAAAACUGGUAGAAACAUCAAGAACCUCAUCUUUGAAAGAAUAUGAAGGAUGAUUAUUUUAUUUUAUCUUUGACUGUGUAAAUGCUUCAUUAUUUUAAUUAAUUUAAUGUCUUAUUUUGUUUAAAUGACAAAGUAUUAAACUGGUUAAUCAGCUAAGAGGAAACUUGUAUCUGCAGUUUUGGAGCCUUUUUCAUAAAUAAUCCCUGCAGGAUGAGUCGUUAUAAACAGACAUAUUCAGAUGUAUUUUCCCACAGAUUUCUGUCCAUCAGGAUCAGCAGGUUGUUUCUCUUGAUGUUCUUCUGAAAACAGGAGUGAAAAAUAGAGGAAAACAAACCAACAAACAGAAGAUCCUGAGAUGAAACAGCUUUGUUUCAGUCAGACAGAAAGCAGUUAGUUCAGCAGCUCUUUAUCAACCAAGUACUUUUAAUCAUUUGAUGUUUCUAAUUAUCAAAGAAACUGAAACAAGACAAACAUGUGAAAAUCCACCAAAACAUCAAUGCUGUGCUGCUGCUGCUUUAAAAUGAUGAUAAAAACAACACUAAUAAUAAAAAGAAAGGACUUUCAGGUUAUAUAUGUAUAAUAAAGGAAAUGAUGUCUGUUAAAACCUGUUUUCCUGUUUAAAGACCAAUAUUGAAUAAAUUACAUGUAGAAACA